UAGCCAGAAAGCAACAUUCUCACAACUCUUCACCAUCUCUCUCUGUAAAAAUCUAAACAAAACUCAUUUCAAGUUCGAUCAAGAAAACCAAGAACGAUGCCUAAAGACAGGAAGAUCGGAAUCGCCAUGGAUUUCUCGGAGAGCAGCAAGAACGCACUCAAAUGGGCCAUCGAGAACUUAGCUGACAAAGGAGACACACUUUACAUCAUCCACACGUUACCUACCUCUGAUGCUGAAUCUCGCAACGCCCUCUGGCUCGAAUCCGGUUCUCCUCUCAUACCGUUGGAUGAGUUUAGGGAACCGAAGAUCAUGGAGAACUACGGUGUCAAGAUCGACAUCGCAUGUCUUGACAUGCUCGACACUGGUUCAAGGAAGAAAGAGGUUCAUGUCGUGACAAAACUAUACUGGGGUGAUGCAAGAGAGAAGCUGGUUGAUGCUGUUAAAGAACUCAAACUGGAUUCUAUUGUCAUGGGAAGCAGAGGACUCAGUGCCCUUCAAAGAAUAAUAAUGGGAAGCGUGAGCAGCUUUGUGAUCGACCACGCGCCUUGCCCUGUCACCAUUGUCAAGGAUGACUAGAAAGAAAUGUCUUCUUCGCGCGUAUAAUCUACCAAAAAUAAUGUCGCAGUUUAUGUUUUUAAUAAAGAACUUUUUUUCUUGCUUGUGUUUGUUCUAUUUGAAAUAUUGACACAUAAUUUUCGCUUA